CUUGGGCUUCUAUUGUGACUUGUGAGUGUGCUGUCCUAUCCUCGCGAACUGUAGAGAGAGAGAGAGAGAGAGAGAGCGCACGGCGGCGGAGACGAUGGCGAGCGGAGGGAAGGGGCUGAACGCGACGGGAGAGUUCUUCCGGCGGCGCGACGAAUGGAGGAGGCACCCGAUGGUGGGGAACCAGCUGCGCCACGCCACCCCAGGCCUUGGCAUCGCCAUCGUCGCCUUCGGGAUCUACCUCGUCGGCGAGGCCGCCUACAACCGCCUUUACCCCUCCAGCGGCAACCACCACUAGAUCGGCCCCCGAAGGUAAAGUAGGUGGAGCAAACUUUACCAAACACCAAUGUUGAUCUCCUCCAGUUUGAGCUCAUAAGGUCUGGCAUGACCACCUUGUAAUUUGCAAACAAGGAGACAUGCUACUGGUCCAACUAGUGUUCCUGGAACCGUGUACUUUAAAUUUGAUAAUAUGUUCUUAUACUUGGCAUUUGGAAGUGACAUUGUUCUUAUAAUAUGGAGUUCCUCAAUAUUUUUGUUAUCAUGUGUGAUUUCAAAA